AUGACCUUUCCUAAUAAGCCCCGCGGUACUCAGGAUAUUUAUCCUCCCCGCUCCCUAAUUUACCAGAAAAUCCAACAAAUUAUUACGGAAAUAUUACACAAAAAUAAUUACCAACCGAUAAUUUUCCCCACUUUUGAAUUCAAAGAAUUGUUUACUAGUUCCUUAGGUUCCACCACUGAUAUUAUUCAUAAGGAAAUGUAUACUUUUCAGGAUAGAAAAGAGCGAGAAAUGGCAUUACGACCGGAAGGGACUGCCAGUGUAGUGCGUUUAGUUUGUCAAAAUAAGUUGGUUAGAGAAGGAGUUGAAUUGGUCAAUGCCGGAGGAGUUAUCGCUGAUUGCCAAAUAUUAAAACUUGUUUCCGAUAUUUUGGGCGGUUUAGGAAUAAAAAACUUUACUUUUAAAUUAAAUUAUUUGGGAGAUAGUGAGACCAAAGAAAAAUACAAAAACGAAUUAGAAAA